AUGGGCAAUCGUAUGUUAGAGAGGAGAGGCGCCAACGAUCUUUUAUACCCCGACGACGUCUGCGCGCGGGCAGUGAUUCAAAGACCAUCGGCGCCUGUGAGCAACUACAUUGUCAAACCAGGGAGGAGACCUGAGGAUGAGGCAGUUUUCAAUUAUUUCCCCAGGCACAUCUGGUUGCCCGAUCACGGUAAAGCAUCUACGGAGAUAGAGUCUAAUGUUCAACAGAAGGGCAGUUAUGGAACUGCCGUUGCAUACUCCUGGAAUUAUUCAGGAGGAAGUCUAAAGAAACUUUCAAAUGCGCGCGCUGUCAUCUACGCAAAGGUGACCUUGGUACCAUUCCUGUCGUCACCCACCAAGCCGAUCAACCGACAUAUCCCUUACAACCUGCUUCCCAGCGCCACAAAUAGGCUGCAUCAUCUGGUGCGUAAACUCGAAUUCGAAAACAACGAUAAGACCCAAUGGAUCGCACAGGUUCAGAUGGGAAAGUCAACAGAAGAAACAGCAGCGGGAAUAAAGGCUGAAGUCGAUACAAUUUGUCUGCUUGCAGACCAAGCGUAUGUGCCAGUGCCCAGGGUGUUCGGAUGUGAGCUCGCCGACAAUGAUCUUGUUAGGGCUACCUUCAAACCCAUAGAGUUUCUUCCCAGAAAUGUGGCCCCGGAUGCUUGUGGCGGUUACACUGCAAACAAAAGCAAGAUCCCCAAGGAGCACCGGGAAAAGUCCUUCAGCUUGGUUGCUCGGAUUCAGGCAGAGAUGACUUCAGCUCGAUUGCCCAUUAUAGGAAGAGUAUUGAAAGAUAAGGGCGGCUAUUCAGUCGGCCCUCUGCCCGGUAUCGGGGGCCCAUUUGAAACUGCAACAGCCUUUUUGGAGGCUUGGGGUCAUCGAUUGGGAAGAUGCGUGCGCCCUGCCGUGGGAACUAGUAGAGUUUCCUCUCUUUCUGGAGACCCCUCCGGCCUCUAUGGAUUUACCAUCCGUCGGCACGCUGUUUUCCCGUGGAUCUCGGACCGUAGAGAAUACCAAGCUUGGGUGACCGCCUUGGAUACGCAUCUCAGUACCCAAAUAGCACACUGGCUGCCAACCUAUAUGACCGCACUGGCUUGGAACAGUAAGGGUGUUAUUGCUAUAGGGCCUUACAUUACUGUUACUAUUGCUGUUAAAGCUAACGCAGCUAACGGCGUCGUCUUUUGCGUGACAGAGAAAGAGGGAGAGAGGGGAGAGUGUUGA